AUCCUAUUAUUGUUAUAUAGGUAUUUGAUAAGUUCAAAAUUCGUGAUGUGUCUUUAAAAUAUUAUGUUACCGCUUCAAUGAAAUUAAAAGAUAUUAAUCGUCGUUCGCGGAUUUUUAAAAAUAUCAAAAUAAACUUAAUUAGCAACUAGUUUGAAAUUUAAUCACUAUUUUUGUCUCUAGUAUAUUUUUAUUUUUAAAAAUUAGUAACUUGACAUAAUUCUGAACAUUGUUCUGUAAAAUUUUGUAUGACAAUGGAUAAACACAUAUUGUUCGUAUGUGUAUUUUUCAUUGUUAAUGUAUUUCAAGCACAAUCCCGUACAUUUACUGAAGAAGAUUGUCCUGUUUGUGUGCUAACAAUUGAUAAGUUUUCAAAAUCACUUGAAGGCGAAUUGAAACCAAAAAAUAUUGAAGAAAAAUUCAAGAAUUAUUGUUUAUCUACAAAGAUUGACAAGGAAAAAAGAUUAUGUUACUAUUUGGGUGGAUUAGAAGAUUCUGCAACUGGUAUAUUAAAUGAAGUAUCUAAACCAUUAUCAUGGUCUAUGCCAGCACUUAAAAUCUGCGAACGCCUAAAGAAAAUGGAUGCUCAAAUAUGCGAUAUUAAAUUUGACAAAGAAAUCGAUUGGAAAACAGUCAACUUAAAGAAGAUGAAAGUAAAAGAUUUGAAGAAAAUAUUGGAUAACUGGGGAGAAAUAUGUGAUGGUUGUUUAGAAAAAACAGAUUAUAUCAAGAGAAUUGAAGAAUUAAAACCCUCUUACGUCAAGGAAGAGUUAUAAAUAAUACAAAUUAUUAUUCCAUGCAUUGUAUAAAUUUGCUAACUUUUUUAAUACAAUAUUUGUUUUG